ACAAAAUAUUUUCCUUAAAAAACAGAAGAAAAAAACAGAGGAGAGCGAGAGAGAGGUUUUGCUUGUUGGGUGUUAGGUCCCUCGCAGGUUGUCCAAAGGUAACAGAAAGAGAAAGGGAGGAAGACAGGGCAAAUCAGUUUCCUUUCCUUGUUAUUAACUUUAGAUUUGAUUUUUAUUUUGAUUCCUUAGCCAGAAAGUCUUAUAAUUAGCACUCCAACCUCAGCUUUCACGCACACACAAAAAAAAAAAAAUUUCAAUCAGGUAUAAAUUCAUGGCAACUGCAACUAUGGCUACGGCAGCCGGUGCAGCUGCUCUUUUGUACUAUACUUUGAACCGUAAAUUAAGGUCUAGCACAUCUCAUGAUGAUGACGAUGGUGAUAAUGAGAAUGACAGCGGUGACUCACCUAGUCGCGUUCAUAUAGGUAUUGAACGCGUAUCACAUAGGUUAAUUCAAGCUCCUGCAACGUGGUUGGAAACGAUCUCAACUUUGUCGGAGACUCUCAGGUUUACUUACUCUGAAACUCUAGGGAAGUGGCCUAUUGGGGACUUGGCAUUUGGGAUCAACUUUCUAUUGAAGAGGCAGGGCACCUUACAUGUUGGCAGUGUAUUUGGCGGUGAAGAUAGUGUACAGCUUAAAGGAUUAGAAGUAGCAGCUGAACUUAGAUACCUCUUAAACUUGUUGACCUUGUGUUGGCAUUUCUCAAAAAAACCUUUUCCUUUGUUUUUAGAGGAGACAGGGUUUACUGAAGAAAGUGUUCUUCUUCAAGAACCCAAAGCAGGAAUAUUGAAGCCAGCUUUUACAAUUUUAGUUGAUCACAAGACAAAAUAUUUUUUCUUACUGAUACGUGGAACACAUAGCAUUAAAGAUACUUUGACAGCUGCAACUGGAGCUGUUGUGCCUUUUCAUCACUCUGUUGUGCAUGAGGGAGGAGUCAGCAAUUUAGUUUUAGGCUAUGCACAUUGUGGGAUGGUUGCAGCUGCCUGGUGGAUUUCAAAGCUUGCAACACCUUGUCUCAAACAGGCGCUUGGGCAAUUCCCUGAUUAUAAACUCAAGAUUGUAGGGCACUCUCUUGGUGGAGGCACUGCUGCCCUUUUAACAUAUGUAUUACGAGAACAGAAGGAAUUAUCGUCAACUACGUGUGUCACAUUUGCUCCAGCUGCUUGUAUGACAUGGGAAUUGGCUGAAUCAGGCAAUGAUUUCAUUACUUCUGUUAUAAAUGGAGCUGACUUAGUGCCUACAUUCUCAGCUGCUUCAGUUGAUGAUUUACGUGCAGAGGUGACAGCAUCUGCAUGGUUGAAUGAUUUGAGGAAUCAGAUUGAGCAUACAAGAAUUCUGAGUACUGUUUAUCGUUCGGCAUCGGCGUUGGGCUCCCGUCUUCCAUCCAUCGCCAGCGCUAGAGCAAAGGUUGCUGGGGCUGGGGCAAUGUUGCGCCCUGUCUCCAAUGGUACACAGGUUGUGAUGAAGAGAGCACAGAGCAUGGCCCAGGCGGCAUGGACCACACGCCCUUCCCUUCAGUUGUCUUCAUGGUCGUGCAUUGGACCCCGCCACCGAGCCACAGCUGCAAGUUCAAAUUCAGGAGAGGGAGGUUCCCCAGGAUCUGGCUUAAAAGCUGAAACUUCAGAGCCUCUUCUUACAUCUCCUGACAGUAACACAACCACAGCUUCCACUGGAACUAUUGAACUCCCUGCUUCUUCUGGAGGAGCAGAAUGGACUUCAGAAAUUGAAUAUUCUUGUACUGAUGAAAUGGCUUCACAUGCUCAUAUGGGUACUGAUCUUGAUCAUGGAGAGGACCUCAUGAGUGAUUCACAUGAAGACCGAAUGAAUGAAGUGGAGUUGUGGCAACAGCUUGAGCAUGAGCUGUAUGAUAGAUCAGAUAGUGAGGAUGCUGAUGUGGCAAAGGAAAUAAGGGAAGAAGAAGCAGCAGCCAUUGCAGAGGUAGGCGAGGAGCAGCCUGGAAGCACUGCUCCAGGAAUGAAGGAAGUGCGCAGAUUCUUCCCUCCAGGAAAGAUUAUGCAUAUUGUUACCCUGCAUCUUGAUAGUGCAGAGAGUGAAGGUGAUACCCCCACCUCGAGUGGUUCUGACAACAGCCAGCCACCGGUGGAGACUAAAGUUGGGAUCUUCCGUACUCCCAGAACGCUUUAUGGGAAGCUGAGGCUUUCUCAAACCAUGGUCAGCGAUCACUUUAUGCCUGUUUAUAGGAGGCAGAUUGAAAAGCUAAUUAAAGAACUUGAAGAGGAAGAGGCUGCUGGUAAUCACAAGGACAACGCAGAGGUUGUGUUAUAGGGAAAGUGUUACUGGCAUGGUACUGAAUCAACACCAUACAGAAACAGAUUUACACAGUUUCUUUCAUACUUGAAAAGAGAGGAUUCAGCGUAUUCGGAUUUCACUUCAUUAAUUAGACGCAUGUGGCAGUAGAUGUCCUUAACUGCAAUGAAAAUGCGUUUUGGUUGAAGCCACUUGGGUAAAGAUCCAUGCCAGGUUGCACACGAGAGAAAGCAAUUAAUUGUUUUCAUUUAUAGUUUUGCAUGCUCAACCAUGGUUUAUAGAACCAUUCCUGGCACAUCCAAGGUCAGCCAUUGACUGUACUAAUCCUUAGUUUCUCUUGAAAGUGAUUUUGUCGACCCUGACCAUUUGUGUAUUUAGUGUUUCAGCUCGAAGGUUCUAUUUGGUGCUACA